AUGGUUAGGCCGGGUUUCCGCUGUGGCGGAGUCGGGCACAUGACAGGCACGUGGUCAUUCAAAGUUCAUUCGUCCACACAGCCGCCCAGGUAUCGGAAUGCACACAAUUUACCCCACUCAGCCAAGCGAAGAGAGAACAAGGUAGACUUUGUACAUGCAGCAGCUUGCGCAAUUAGUGCAAUAAAGGAAAGGACACAAAUCGGACGCCUACCAAAGGUGAACUCUGAAGGCCAGAAUGAGCCACAUUUCUGA